GGCCCGCCAGGUGCGCCGCCUUGAGUUCAACCAGGCCAUGGAUGACUUCAAGACAAUGUUUCCUAACAUGGACUACGACAUCAUUGAGUGUGUGCUGCGUGCCAACAGCGGUGCAGUGGAUGCCACCAUCGACCAGCUGUUGCAGAUGAACCUGGAGGCGGGUGGUGGCAGCACCUAUGAGGACAGCUCGGACUCGGAGGACAGCAUCCCACCAGAGAUCUUGGAAAGGACCUUGGAGCCGGAUAGCUCUGAGGAAGAGCCUCCGCCUGUGUACUCACCACCAGCUUACCACAUGCACGUGUUCGACAGGCCCUACCCAGUGGCUCCUCCAGCUCCACCUCCCCGGAUUGAUGUCCUGGGCUCUGGACAACCUGCAAGCCAGAGUCGCUAUAGGAACUGGAACCCACCCCUGCUGGGCAACCUUCCUGAUGAUUUUCUCCGAAUCCUGCCCCAGCAGAUGGAGAGCAUUCAGGGUCACCCCGGGGGCUCCAAGCCUAUGGGUGGAGAGAGAGGCCCAGCUCCAGUGCCAGGAUCUGGUGCCUGUGACCAGGACAGCCGCUGGAAGCAGUACCUGGAGGAUGAGAGAAUUGCCCUCUUCCUGCAGAACGAAGAGUUCAUGAAGGAGCUGCAGCGCAACCGUGACUUUCUCCUCGCUCUGGAGAGAGAUCGAUUGAAGUAUGAAUCCCAGAAAUCCAAAUCCAGCAAUGUGGCUGCCGGAAAUGACUUAGGCCUUCCCUCCUCUGUCCCAGGAACCAGUGACACCAACCCCACUGUGUCAGAAGAUGCCUUAUUCAGGGACAAGUUGAAACACAUGGGAAAAUCCACUCGUAGGAAGCUGUUUGAACUCGCCCGAGCCUUCUCUGAGAAGACCAAAAUGAGGAAGUCAAAGAGGAGACACUUGCCGAAGCUUCAGUCACUGGGAGCUGCUGCAUCAACAGCCAACCUCCUGGACGACGUGGAGGGCCAUGCUUAUGAUGAAGAUUUCCGGGGAAGGCGGCAGGAGGUGCCUAAGGUGGAAGAGGCCCUAAGAGAAGGACAGUAAGAGGUGCCAGCAGCAGCGUCGCCUUGCCAGAGAUGCUCUGACCGGUGGAGGCAACCAGAGAGAAACACCAGGGCUCUCCAGCUGCAGCUGAGAGAGAAGGUGCUUGCAUACCACAGCCCAGGCUUCUUCGGCCACAGUCCAGCCCAGCCACUGCCACUUUCCACAGGACUUAUGGAACUUUCAGAGUUGCCUGUGAUUGGAGGAGGGACUUGGACAGGAACCACCGAGAGAUUGAGAGAGAGAGAGAUUGAGAGAGAGAGAGAGAGAGAGAGAGAGAGAGAGAGAGAGAGAUUGAGCGAGAGA